GCGUGUGGUGCUCUCUCCUGAAAAUAGGAACCGGGACCGGAAAAAACGAGAUGGUGCGGUGGUUGUCGUCUCCAGUCUAUUCUAGUGGUCCGAAAAUGCCGAUAGAUGUAAGGGGCGGGGUAUCCGUCGUCCUCCCGGAAGAAGGAACGUGGACGGACCUGCAACCAGAGUAUCAAUUUGUGAUUCUGGAAGAAAAGGACGCGUUCCUCUUGAUAGAGAGGAUAUGGACUAAGGUCAGCUUGACAAGACUGUCGCCGAGCUUGAUGGACUUGGAAUUUCGGGGAACGGUAGAAGCCCGGGGGUGGGUCUACUUGUCCCAGGAAAGGGAAAAUGCAAUGGUAACAGAAUUAGUACUGGGGACGGCGUCGGACUCGUUGUUUAGACAAGCGGAACGAGAAGUGGUAUGGGCAGCGUGUCAGCGGGCGGAAAUGGAAAUGGACAAAGUGGAGGUGCGAGUGGAGCUCGGGGAUAGAGGAAAUGUGAGACGGCCUUUUAGGGCAAUGAGAUGCGUGCUACCCCCAUUUCUGGUGGAUGCGGUCUUUGGGACCAGGGGCAUGUUAGAACAAAUAUGUCAGUCAAUGACGAACUUGAGGUUGUACCAGUGCGCCCUGCAGGACUUCUUUAGACUGUCGGUAGAAAUGGGGCCGUUCGGAGGGAACUCGGCGGAGGAAUUAGCGCAUAUAUUGAACCUCCUCAGCACGGAUGACGUCUUUGUCCCUAGCCCAGUGCACUGGCGGAUAAUUUAUCGGAAUGUGGCUGUAGGAGGGACCUUCCUAAAAGGACUGAAGGACUUAUACUUUGACGAGGAGGAUGAUUUCAGUGAUGACGGGGACGAUGACGAGGUAGAGGAAAUUGUCAUACCUAUGGAUAGAACGCGUCUGGAACCCGCUAAGGGAAGAGGAAGGAUGGAGGAGAUUGUGGAAGGUAGGGUGGAAUCGGUCGGGACCGUCAUCCUCUCUGAGCACGGUUGGCACUUAUUCUGCACCAUGCUCGCCGCAGGACAAAGUCCGAUGUGGCUUCUAGGGGAUGCUGAGCCAAGGGCUCGACAGGCAGGUGAGAAGCUUGCCAACAAAGGAUGGGAUGUGGUCAGCAGCAGGGUCGUGAUAGGGGGAUGGAGGGAGUUUAGGCCCCCCUGUCUACGAACCAAGACUUGGGUACCCGAGUUCGUGGCAGACUGGUUUGGGGGUUUUGAUCACGUCACGGAAGUGGCCAGCACUAUGAAGCGGAUACAUGUAAAUUGCGCAUGGCUGACGGAAGAGUUCUAUAAAACAUCGCUGAAAUUUGGGCCCUUCCACGGCGACAGAGCCUGGGAGGUCCUCAUCAUUUUGGACUUAGACAGGAACGACCGGCUAGAGGUGGCCCCGGAAAUUAAGGAAGCUAUAAUUCGCCGCGAGAUAGCCGUCACACCUUGCUAUGUAGAUGACGUGUUUAAACUAUUCGAAGGGACCGCUAAUCAACAAAUGGCGAUGAGGCGCGCCCGGAUGUCGCGACGGCCACCCACGAAAAGUGGAGGCGGAUGGGAGGUAUCGCUCCCGACAAGCUACAUGGUCCGCGCGAUUGACACCGAAUGGAGAGCCGUGACCUUGGGAAGGGACCAGGCAUUUAUUAUGGUAGAAUGUUUGUGGAACGGUAUGAGGUUCAAUAGGGGGUCGGGGGACGACCUGUACACCGACCUGAAGGUGACAGGAACCGUAUACCUGCCGGGGAUUGGAUGGCACAUGCUAGGAACGGAGUUGGCACUAGGGCAUGGGCUGCUUCCGAUCAUCCAAAGGGCUACUAGGAUAGUGGACCGGAUAGGCCAGGAGAUGCGAGGGAGGAGGAACAUGGGAUUAAGAACCCGGGUGGAGGUAGGAGGAUGGCGAGAGUUUAGGGCCCCGAUGACGGGAUUGCGGGUAGGCAAAGGAAUUGCGUCAGAGGAAGAGGCCGAAGGUCUGCGAAGCAAAGGGAGUCAGGGCACGGAUAGGGGUGUGGAACGGAACGAGGGGUCAAUAAGGGACCGAGAAUCGACAAAACCGGGAGAACCAGGGAAGACGGGAAUGACCUUUCGACAGCGGAAAGUUCGGGGAAAGCCGGGGGAAGCAAAAGAGGACCCCAGGAAACCCGGGGAAAAGCAGAGGGAUAGCAAGGAAGGAGAAGGGACCAAUGUGGUCGGUGAAGCGGGUAGCUCUGAGGGGGGUCUCAAGAGGAUAGUAGCCACCCUCACUCGGGCUCUGAAUAAGAAUCAGGGGUAUCUUGCAGAUGCCAAGAAGAAACUCACUUUCGACGGGGCAAACAUUACGGAGUUCCUGAUAGACUACGAGAAUCUGGCAGCCCUGUUGAAAUGGAGCGAGGAAGAGAAGAUGCAGCAUGUGUCGCUAAGCUUAGGAAGGGACAUUAUGGCCAUCAUCGCCUCUAGUGGAUCCUGGAAAGAGACCCGGAACGAGAUGAUGAGGAAAUACAUGAAGGCAGAGAAAAUGGCAACAGAAGUUGAGUUGGCAGCGGUCCAAACGACGAACUAUGCGACUUACAAUGACUUCCUGAGGGCAUUUACUCUAGUGGCGUUACAGAUUCCCGAGGGAGAGCGCAUAAACUGGAAUUCGCAAGGAGGGAUGCGGCGUGCCGUCAUCAUCCUGAAUAACCUAGAUAUAUCUGUCGUAGAAGCCGAGCCGGUAGCUGACAUUGUUUGGGACCAACCGAGGGGACGCGGACCACAAGUCAAUUUCAUCCUAGAGGGUAAUGGACAGGAUAGGGUGAACAUCACCACCCGACGGACAGGGGCGGAAAAGAAACUUAUUCGAGAUACGGUAAUGGAAGAGGUCGCAGGGACUAGCGCAAAUCAAGGUGAAACCGAGACCGGGGAGCCGGAGAAGGCCUACGGAAAAGCAAUGGAAGAGGAGCCGAUAGACAAAGCGGUGGCGGCAAAGAAGAAAUUUAGGUACCAAAUUUCGAUCCUGACUAUACUAGAAAUUGACGAUACCCUCAACAAACUGCUAGGUACCAUGGUAUUUAGGAGGAUGCUUGCGGUCGCAAGGGACAUGUUCCCGGAAAAAUGCGAGCCGUACAUAAACGACAAUCCCAUAAAAGGCGCGCAGAACAAGGAUGAGACAGAGGUCCAGUCGGGCAUACGAAAGUUCGUUUGGGAUCACCUACAGGAUAUCAAGGACCUACUUCAGCGGUUCCUGGUAUAUAAUAUUACCACAAGUGGACCAAAGAGCAUCCUGGCGGUCCCACAAGUGACCAUACUGGGUUUUCGCUGUGGGGUCUAUGGGAGGAAGCCCGACCCGGCCAAGACGGAUAAGAUCUCUCAAUGGCCAACACCCUUGCGCACCACAACGGAAGCACGAGCCUUCCUAGGGGUGGUUGGAUUCUGGAGGAUCUUUAUCAAAGGCUUUGCAAAAAUAGUUGAGCCUAUCCGCGCAAUGAUUAGGGAAGGAGGGACUAUGGAGUGGACCGCGGAUAGGGAAGCAGCAGUCCAGACCCUCAAAGAAAUCCUGGUUUCCGAUCAAGUCACUUUGGCAGCACCCUGCUUCAAUGACGAAGUAGGACGACCCUUUACCCUGGAAACAGACGGAGGACCAUUGGCGGUAAGAGGAGUCCUGAUACAAAGGAGCGAGGAGGGCAAGGAAAGGCCUAUCAGAUUUGAGAGUAGGACCCUGAAUUCGGCAGAGCGGCGAUACUCACAGUUCAAGAAAGAGGUUUUAGCCAUUCUACAUUGCCUCAAGACCUUUCAGGCAUACCUAUUCGGAAGACGGUUUAUCUUGAGAAUCGAUCCGACUAAUGUCGCUGGGGCAUUAAAGAACCACAAGCCUAUAGACCCGACCAUUGGGAGACGGAUAGGCUUUAUCUGGCAGUUCGACUACAAGGUCGAGUACAUCUUGGAUGCAAGAGAUAACCUCAGCGGCUACGUAGAGGCAGUAACUCUUAAGAGAAAGAUCGGAAAGGGAAUGGUUGACUGGAUAGAAGACUUCUACCUAAGGCACCCCUUUGUGCGCAGGUUCAUAGCAGAUAAUGAGACGGAGUUCGUAAAUCACGAAGUGCUAAGCAGGCUCAAGAUGUUGUGCGUACCUAUCAAGAUCAUCGAGCCAUACCAUCCUGAGGCCAAUGCACCUGUAGAAAAGGGGCACCGGACCUUAAAAAACACAAUCGCUAAGCUGGCGGCAAAUAACCUGGGAAACUGGCCUUGGUACCUUAAGCAGGCGGUCUUCUCGGAGAAUAUGACGCCGAAGAGGACGACAGGGUGCAUUCCGGCAGAACUUUGGUAUGGGAGGGAGAUUGAUUUCCCGGUGGAAGCUUUGGUUCCUACCUGGAACAUGCUAGAUGACAACCCGCACAUGUCUACGGAGGAACUAAUCGCCACACGAUACCCACAGGUCGUUAGAAAUGAGGAAGCCUUGGAGGAUGUGGUUAAGUGUGUGAUGGACAGUCGAAUGAGGGACACAGCAAGGUGGGACCAGGUCAAGAACAUCCAGAAGGAGCCGCUCCAAGUGGGGGAAAUGGUACUAGUUAGGAACUUCGCUCUUAAAAGCACAAGGUCUGGACAGCUGGGAAGAAGGUUCAAAGGCCCCUACAUGAUCGCUAAGCGGGUGGGACUAGACACUUUUGAACUUGUCUCUUGACGGUACUGGGAUAAAAGGGUCAUUUCCGG